CCAGCGAAUGCUGAGCAAGCUGCAAUGCAGAGCGAGCAGAGGUGCCGAAGCGCAACACGAUCGAGUGACGGCGCCGUGCGUUGCCUCAAGCGGCGCUCGGCGUCUUGCGUCGCAGGGUGCAGCCCGUGCCGCGCUGCUGACAAGUCUGAGUCGCGCCGCCGCCGCCGCCCGGCCUCACUCCUUCCUUCCCACCACGACAAGCACAAGCACAGGCACAAGCACAAGCACACGCACUUGGAACUCUUCUACUUCGCACUUGACCCUUCGCACUUGGCACUUCGCACCAUGUCGCUCGCCGUGAUCCUCGGCUCGUCGCGCGGCCUCGGCCUGGCGCUCGCGCGCGCGCAUCUGGCCACGUCGGCGCUCGACGUCGUGUGUGCGAGCCGCACGCCGGACGCGGCGCGCGAGGCGAUCCUGCAGGGCAUGGACGACGGCGCGGCGCGGCGCCUGACGACGCUGGCGGUCGACGUGACGGACGAGCGCAGCAUUGAAGAGGCGGCAAAGCAGUGCCGCGAGAUGGGCGAGCUGCGCAGCUUGUGGAACGUCGCGGGCGUGGUGAGUGCAGCGCACGGCGCAUGGCUGGGCGAUGCAGCGCAUGGCGCAUGGGGCUGCCGCAUGAGGGCAAUGCAGUGCAGGGCGCAUGGGUGCGCCGAAGAUGUCGCGCCUGCGCCGAGUGCGCCGCAGAUGUCGCGUCUGAACCCACUCCUGCCACCCCCGCAGCUCACCGUCGAAAAGGCACUGCAGCACGUCGAGUACGAGGAGAUGCUGCGCCAGUUCAAGAUCAACACGUUUGGCCCGCUGCUCGCCUACAAGCACUUUGCGCCGCUGCUGCCGCGGCGCCUGCCCGAGCCCAAGCCCGGCACCGAAGACGCGGGCGCCGCGGUGGCGCCGCGCGGGCUGUGCGUGCUGGCGUCGCUGAGUGCGCGCGUGGGCAGCACGGGCGACAACCGCAAGGGCGGGUGGAUCGCCCUGCACCCCGGCACCGUGCGCACCGAGCUCAGCGCCGACUUCACCGGCGGGCCCGGCGGCAAGCCCGGGCGCGCCAAGCCCAAGGGCGAGUUUGAGGCCGACGAGGCGGCGGCGAACCUGCUGCGCGUCGUGCGCGGCCUCACGAGGGACGACUCGGGCGGCUUCCGCGACUGGGCGGGCGAGACGGUGCCGUACUAGCCGCAGCGAUGGAGACGGUGUGCAUUGAAGUCUAAGUGCAGAGAGGCCAUGAUCUAUAAUGACAGCAAUGAUGGCGAGUG